CAUUAAAACGAAACGAAACGAAACGAAACGAAACAAAAAUUAAGAUACAAAAACCAAACACGAGUUCAUCGAGUAAUAUUUUUCCGCUAAUCUUUUAAUUUUUCAUUUAAACUUUAAUUUUAAUGUUUAUCGUCGAUAAGACCGACCAGGACUGAUAGGUAGUUUCUAAGUUUAUAUUCACUGCCACGGUCUAUAUACUGUGGAGUAUCAGUGGAUUCCAAAACGAAGUGACAUGUUCGAUUACAUCGUAAUAGUCGUGAAUGCAUUAUCAUCAAUUUGAUUGCAUUUUACUGAAUUACACUUGUAGGCAAAAAUGCGCAGUUUCAACGAAAAAGAAUUUGCGAAAAGUUUGAUCUAUUACAAAUUUAUUUACGAUCAUACGAACAUAGAUAAUGUAGACUGUAUUAAAAAGGACUCAGAAUUUUCACAAUCUUUGAGAAAGAAAGGCAAUGAAAUGUAUGGUAAGCGUAACUAUGAUAACGAAUACGAAGAAGUUCAUGAAUACUACUCAAGAAGCAUUGCUUUUGCUCCAAUUGAUUCGGAUGACCUUGCACUUGCUUAUGGCAACAGAUCAGCUUUGUUACACCGGAUUGGAAAGCACGAAGAAAGCAUUUUAGAUAUAGAUAGAGCAUUAGAAAUAAACAAAUCAGAUAUUGCUGUAAUAGUCAAGUUGUUAUGUCGUAAAGUUGAAUGUUUAGCUGCAUUAGGUUCAUCUGAAAGUCAAAAAGUUUAUGAUAAAGUUAAAUAUUUGUUACCUGAGAUCCUACAAAGGAACCAGAAUGAAAAAAGUACUCUUGAAAACAUGAGGAAAGCAGAAAUUGCUCUUCAAAACUUGUGUCAAGUCCCUAAUGUGAAAAACAAAGAAACAGAAGAGCACAUGUUUGUUCUACAGAAAAAAGAAUUACAAAAUUCAUUUGAUUCAGUUGCCCUACAGUUUGAUGAAAAGCUUGAUAAGCAUCUAAUUGCCACAAGAGACAUAAAGCCAGGAGAAAUAAUUUUUGUGGAAAAGCCAUACAUAGGGUGCUUAAAUACCAAUAAGGGUCACAUUUACUGUGGACAUUGUUUCACUAAAACAUGGGCGAGUAUACCUUGUGAUUUUUGUCAUUGGUGCAUGUUUUGUUCCAAAAAAUGCAAAGAGGUAGCUUGGAAGAAUUAUCAUGUUGCAGAGUGCUCAGUUAUUUCCUAUUUAAUCGAUAUUAAAGGCACUGUUACUUAUAGUCAACAACUGAGUUUACGAAUUCUGAUGACAGAAGUUAUAAAGUCAGGCAAUCUUUUUAAAUUUAUAAAAGCUGUAGAAUCUGCAGAUAAUCAUACUGAUAAACUUUUACAAAAGAAUGCUUGUAUUAGUAAUGAAUUUAAAAGGUUUUAUAGUUUUUGCGAUAAAGCCUUUGAAAGAGUUUUGAGAAAAUAUGUUGAUGAAGUAUUUUAUAUAUUAAGUAUCUUAUGUAAAUAUACAAAUUUCUUUGGAGAACACAUGAAUUAUAUAAAUAUCGUGGACUUACGACAUUACGAAGAGGUUUUGUCCAUUGGAGCUGUUCUUCUUAAACUUUGCAGUAGAACCAACUUUCAUUUUACUGAUUUGCAUGAUUCAAAUCCAACUGGCAGAUGUUCUAAUGGCUGCAUAAACUGUACUGGUCUGCAUUGCAGCAAAGGCGCUAGUGUUCAUUCAUUAUCUUUUCUAGUAAAUUAUAGCUGUUAUCCUAAUGUCAAGAAAUGUAUUACAGAAGACUAUAAAGCAAUUAUUUUCUCCUUGUUACCUAUUAAAAAGAAUACUCCAUUAUUAAUGGCAUAUCAACAGCCAUUUUUUAAAGUUGACAAGUCCAGAAGACAAAAUUAUCUUUUUCAUGAUCUAAGCUAUUCAUGUGAUUGUGAGGCAUGUAAAUUUGACUGGCCUACCAUUCAAGAGCUAUGGAAAAUGCCAAAAGACAAUCCCAAACUUUACAUGAAAUAUUAUAAUAAAUUAGAAUCAGACUUAUACAAUAAGUUUGACAAACUUGUGAGGCCUAUAUUAAUAGACUGUCAAAAAGCCCAGUAUAAUCAAGCAACAGUGAAAAAACUUUCAAAUGCCAUUGAACAAGCUGCCUUGUGCCUCCAGCAGCCAUCUGUUGUUAUAUGUGAAUUGAUGAUUUGCCUUCAAUUAACGUUUCAAAAGCUUUAUUUGAAAUCAUGAUUCCACUUGUGAUAUUUUCAUUUACAUUUAGAUACAUUUUUAUUUGUAUAGCCUUCAGGCUUAUUAACUAGUAUUUACUUGUUAUGAGGAUGACAGAAAAUUUAAAUUUCAGCAAAUUUCAUCGAUAUUUUUCAUUUUACAGUUAAUCACUUUUUUUUAUAUUGUAACAGAGUAAUGAUCUUCAUUAUUGUUGAAAACUAAUUAUUGAGCAAAAAUAACGAAAACUAUAGUACGCAAUUUAGUUAUCAUCAAUACUUGUUCAAUAUUUAUUUUUCAUUAAUUAUUGAAGUCAUUUACUCUCAACAAUAACCUAAAUAAUAAUUUUACUCUAUAUUGUUUUAUAAAAAUUCAAAACUUAUUAAGUAUAAUGGUUUCUACGAAUUCAUAGAUUAGGCUAUACUUCGUAUCCUCUCAAGAUAAGUUGACGUUGACUGUUCUUGUAUUCGGUUAUUUAAGUCUUUUAUAUUACACUUUUUUUAAUAAACUUGCAGAAAUAUCCUGCGUUACUUUUCAUUUGAUUAAAUAUUAUUUGAAUUAUUUGUUCAUUGAUAAU